AUGAGAAGCGGCGUUGCUGGCAGGUGGGGAGUGUUUUUGUUUUGGGUUGAAGUUGAGGCUGAGGAGAGACGAGAGCUUGCGACGAGCAGUCGUCGCCCCUGCCGGCGCGGUGGUAGGUGGAGGAGGCCUAGCCGCAGUUGGGAGGUCUCUCCUCCCCCUCUUGUCCCUGCCCGCCCCUCCUCUGUCUCCUCCGAGUCCCGGAACUCCUGGGCCUGCCCGGGGCCCCUCGGCUUUGCACUCCGCUCGCCGCAGCGCCUGGCCCCGGCCGCACCCGCCGGCCCCAUGAGGAGGGACGUGAACGGAGUGACCAAGAGCAGGUUUGAGAUGUUCUCAAAUAGUGAUGAAGCCGUAAUCAAUAAAAAACUUCCCAAGGAACUCCUAUUACGGAUAUUUUCUUUUCUGGAUGUUGUUACCUUGUGUCGCUGUGCUCAGGUCUCCAGGGCUUGGAAUGUUCUGGCUCUGGAUGGCAGUAACUGGCAGCGAAUUGACCUGUUUGAUUUCCAGAGGGAUAUUGAGGGCCGGGUAGUGGAGAAUAUUUCAAAAAGAUGUGGGGGCUUUUUACGAAAGUUAAGUCUUCGUGGGUGUCUUGGAGUAGGAGACAAUGCUUUAAGGACCUUUGCACAAAACUGUAGGAACAUUGAAGUACUAAAUUUAAAUGGGUGUACAAAGACUACAGAUGCUACAUGUACUAGCCUUAGCAAGUUCUGUUCCAAACUCAGGCACCUUGACUUGGCUUCCUGUACAUCAAUAACAAACAUGUCUCUAAAAGCUCUGAGUGAGGGAUGUCCACUUUUGGAGCAAUUGAACAUUUCCUGGUGUGACCAAGUAACCAAGGAUGGCAUCCAAGCACUAGUGAGAGGCUGUGGGGGUCUCAAGGCCUUAUUCUUAAAAGGCUGCACACAGCUAGAAGAUGAAGCUCUGAAGUACAUAGGUGCACACUGUCCUGAACUGGUGACAUUGAACUUGCAGACCUGCUUACAAAUCACAGAUGAAGGUCUUAUUACUAUAUGCAGAGGGUGCCAUAAGUUACAGUCCCUCUGUGCCUCCGGCUGCUCCAACAUCACAGAUGCCAUCCUGAAUGCUCUAGGUCAGAACUGCCCACGGCUUAGGAUAUUGGAAGUGGCAAGGUGUUCUCAAUUAACAGAUGUAGGCUUUACCACUCUGGCCAGGAAUUGCCAUGAGCUUGAAAAGAUGGACCUAGAAGAAUGUGUUCAGAUAACAGAUAGCACAUUAAUCCAACUUUCUAUACACUGUCCUCGACUUCAAGUAUUGAGUCUGUCUCACUGUGAGCUGAUCACAGAUGAUGGAAUUCGUCACCUGGGGAAUGGGGCCUGUGCUCAUGACCAGCUGGAGGUGAUUGAACUGGACAACUGCCCACUAAUCACAGACGCAUCCCUGGAGCACUUGAAGAGCUGUCACAGCCUUGAGCGGAUAGAACUCUAUGACUGCCAGCAAAUCACACGGGCUGGGAUCAAGAGACUCAGGACCCAUUUACCCAAUAUUAAAGUCCACGCCUACUUCGCACCUGUCACUCCACCCCCAUCAGUAGGGGGCAGCAGACAGCGCUUCUGCAGAUGCUGCAUCAUCCUAUGACAGUGGAGGUGGUCAACCUUGGCGAACUGAGUAUUUAAUGACACUUCUAGAGUUACCGUGGAGUCUCCAGUGGAAGCGACCCCAGUAUCCUGGGAAGGGUUACAAAGUGAGGCAGCAUCCAGAUUCCCAGAGCCACACAGACAUACACAUACCCACCCUCACCCCCACCCACUCUAGCUCUGUGACCGGGGGACUGAAGAUCGUGCUGGCUUUAUCAAGUGGAUUGGUAAAACUUUACCAUUCCUGUUGGAUGUACCCAGAAGAAAAUCAUAGGCAAGGUAGGGGGAAGGGGGCAGUCCAACAAACCCAGUGUUACUGCUACUACAGUUUCUUUAUUUUGUUAAGGGAUUUUUUUUUUUUUUUUUGGCAAAUUUGGAAAAGCAACUGCAGUCCUCCGGGGUCAAGGAAAGCAUAGAAAAACAAUGUAUGUUGUAUCCAGGGACCAGAAAGGAAAUUUCUUUGCAUCCUGUAAAUGGUAGCCAUCCAUUGUGAGAUGACUACACAGCUUCUGUGCUUCCUUGUUCCCAUGCCAACAUGCUGAGCAUGCUCACAAAGAAGGCUCCCUUUCGCCUUCUGUUUUAGUAUUUGGCCCAGAGGUUUCCUAAGUUGUUGCAUUGAAAUCGCUGUGGUCCAAAUGUGAUUACUUAUUCACUCAAAUUGUCACUCUCCAUAGCACACUUGUGCACCUGUUGUCCUCUGUUGCUCCCUCCAGCAUUCUUGCUCAGUCUGUCAUCUGUUCAUAGUCUGCUUACUCACACUCAAUUGUUACUCUUUUGCUGUUGUUGUGUUUACAGUUUGCAUUUUGGAUGAUUAGUUGGGGUUACCAAACAUUUUUAAAAGAGACAUUAUCAAUAAAUAUUUUUUUAAUUCUAAAUUUUACCAUUAGGGGACCUGCCUGAAUCUUUGCUAGUCUGAAGGGAAACUAUUACAAAAGCAAGAAAAGUUAUGAGAAGAAAUUGAGCUAAAACUAUUUUGAUGAAAGUAAACUUUGCCUUUUGGUUUCUGUUGUAUCUUGUGAUAUAUGAUAAUACGCAUGAUAUGCCCAAUAUUCCCCUGCACAUUUUUCCUUCCAUCAAGUUCCACUAACUUAAUAAGGAAAGCAAAAUGCACUUUAGCAAAGAGUGGAAUGGCAAAUCCCAAAACUGAGCCUGAAAGCCCCCACCACCCUAACUCAGGCAUGUUGUAUGUUCACUGAAAUCUAGGUAUGAUCAGUCACAUCUCUGAUUUGUGUUUGUGAGGUUGUUUUGUUUUAGCAGGAAUGCUGCUAGAGGAGCUGCACUGUCUAGCUAAUCAGUCCAUCUCCCUAUCCCCAUUUCAGCCUAUCAGGAAUGCAAGAAUGACCCUGUAACAGGUGGUCAGCUGUAGGUCAGUGUUGGUGGUAUCAUAUCUAAUAUUGGAACCAGAACCUUCUCAGAACCUGUCAUCCAUAUCUCUCUUUAUGUUCCAGACUUCCCAUGAAUGAAAUACAAGUGUAGCCAGAUGGAGAAAUUGGGGCAGCAGGAAGAGAACAUUGAGAGGAAGUAGGGGGCUCAGUGCCUCUGCCCAGCCUGGUUAUCAGACCUAAGGGCAGGAUAGAAUAUUCAGUGCCCAUGACUUAGUCAAAGAAGCUGCUCCUCGACUACCAAAAAAAUCAUGCUGAAUGAGUUAAAUGGGUUUCUAAAGUAGUAGAAGUAUAUUUCUAAACCCCAAGGUUAGAAAGCUUGUAUGAUUUUUUUAGGAGAAUGCCCUUUUUUGUUUUUUGGCCUUUUAGAACGUUAGUGUGCAGCCCACCAUGAUACUAGAUCAUCUGCAUGAUCCAGACUGUUAAAAGACUUGUUUUAAUGCUUCAAGUGCUGGUUCAGCCAGCAUGUGUGAAAAUUAAUUGUGAUUUAUUUCUUCCCAGGCAGCCACAUGAAAGGGUCUCAUUUUGCAGCCACAUGAAAGGGUCUCAGAAAUGUGUAUGACCCAUCAGUAUUUAAUACGUUAUAUUUAUUUUAAAUUCUAUUUAAUUAUUCCCUUUUAAAAACUCAAAUUACUUACAGUUUUAAUUCACCUUUUCUCCUUACCCAGUUUACAAAUUACAAUGUGAGAAACAUACUUUUUAAGGUAAGACUCACUCUCUUGGCUGUACCCCACACAUAACAAUAUAUACACUUGUACACACACUUCCAGAUGUAGUUCAUGUUAUUCAGAUCCCCAGGUUACUCAUUCAAACAAAACUAAAAAGUAAUAUUUAGGAACCAUCUGCUCUAAUGUAUAAUUUUUUUAUAGUGCCUGAACAAAUUGACCAUAAAACCCUGAUUGAUUAGUGAGUUUGGAUUUGAAUUACCCAAUAGUUGAGGCUCUAAAGGUACUUCUUUACCUGAAAAAUAUAUAUAGGUUUAAAAGACCCUACUCACCCAUAUAUGAAUGUCGUGGAAAUGCUGUUUUUCUCCUCAAAGAGUGAACCCACGUACAGGUCCAUGUGGACUUGCCCAGGCGAUCCCUGCCUAUCUGGGCCAAGAACAGAGUCAAGUGAGAGAAUAAAAGCCUGGAGCAUGCAGCAGUAUGUGGUCAGGCAGGAAGCUUGUUCUUUCGCAAGAAAACCUCAGGCCUAUCAAGCUUGGAAGGAAAUACAUUUUUUAUGCCAAUCUGCAACAUACACCAGCCAGCUGAUGAAAUGUACCAGGACUUUGAGAACCCAGAACAUGGUAAGUUUUGGUCAGGUGGAAAGGGUCCUGUUAUCUGAGCAUAAUGCUUCCUGUUUCAACAUCAGGGACACUUUUGAAAAUUUAGUAAGGUUUCACAGGUGUACCUCUCCUUAGGAAAAGCUUAUUGUUCCAUUUGUCUGACUCCAGAGCCCCCCUACAAUAUGCCUUCUAUAAUGAAAAACUGCAGCAUGAACAGAGAAGAGAUUUGGAAGAAGUAAGAAGGUACCCUCAAAGUUAUUGCCAUAAACCUGCCAAUAGCCAGGAGGAAUUAUUACAGUGUCCUCUGAAGGAAGUUAUUAAACAUCCAGAUCGUUUUUCCAAGCAGCCUUUUCUCCCCUUACAUUCUCCAGCAUCAUUUGCUACAUCACUAUCUUUGACAUCCUCUUCAUUGGCCCCAUCAAAGUGAUUCCAGCGUGGUUUUUUUUUUAAUUCUCCCAUUUCCUUCUUACAUACAUCCUAUUCUCACUGUCUGUUUACCGCCUCCAUCUCACUCCCAGUGAUGCUGCGAGUUCUUAAAUUCUCCAGCCUCGCUCCCUCUUUGGGUCCUCGUCCUGAACUAGGCAAACUAUCCUGAGCAGCCUUGAAUUCAGUGACUGUCGUGUGGCUCAAGCCAUUUUUCACUGGGUCGUCUUUGAUAUUUGCUUACUGAACUUGAAAUCAAACAUGUAUAUGAGCAGUAAAGGGGGUCUAGCUUCAUUUUUCUCUCCAAUAUUUGGAACAUGAAAGUACAUUGUACUUAAUGUAAAAAAGUUUUCUCCUGUUCUGCUCUUGAGUGGAUGUAAAAGUAUUACAUUGUGUUUUGUAAAUUUCCACAUUCAUGAAUUAAGUUGAUUUAGCAGACAUAUAAAUUAGAAGUUUUACAUAUUCCUUAUAUCACACAUUUUAGAGGCAAACUUGGUAAAUAUUUUUAUGAUGCUUUAUUUUUGGCUUUCCAAACUGAACAGUUCAAUAUAGCUAUAACGCUAUAGCAGUCAAGUUCUUAUAUCCUAAUUGCCUUAUAAAAUGCAUUGUUACUGGUUUAAUAGCCCACUAAUGCAGUAGGCAGCUAAAUGAAGUAUGCAAUGGAACCUGUCUUGGUUUGAAGUUGUUAGGAAAUAUGAUAGUAUCACUGGAAAGAAAACGGUGGUUUCCCGCCUGCCUGUAUUGGCAGCAUAUCCAUAGGAACUGUAUUUUGGAAAGGAGAAACGCUGGCCCAUCAUGGUUGCAGACCCUUGGCCAUUUAAUAUUUAUUGUGCUGAAAGUAACAGACUGCUCAUAGCAGUCACUACCAGUGAGAGAGGAAGUUGGUCUGUUUGCCUUUUCCCUCCUUGUUUGCAUGAUUUAAUUGUAGAUUUCUGUCCCUGUUAUGGAUCCUGCUGACAGACUUUCAGUGAUAUGCUUUGAGCUUCUGGAACAUUUUAUGAAAAGAUUGCGUUCUUGAUCUGCCCACCAGUUCUAGGAUCGUCACCCACCUCAAACCCAGGCCAUGCGAAUGAGCCAAGUUUUGUUUAAAGAGAGGGUUAGGAUGUUUGGUUGGUCUUAAAGCAGAACCCUUCUUACAAUGAUCUAGGAGCAAAGAAACCUAAAUGCAGUAGGAGAGUGAGGGAAAAUACGGAGUCUUUGUCUCUCCUCACCCUUAUUUCUGUCAAAUUUUAAUUGUAACAUUGGAAGAUAAAGAAAGCUGCCAAAGACCAUGUAAGUAGUGUAUAAUUAAUAAAAUUUGGCUGUAUUUGCUGUAUCCAGAUGCCCUAACUUACCAUCUUGGUUCUCGAGCAAACACAAUGCUUCUCUUAAGCUUGCCUUGUCACUUGGGACCUUCUAUCUGCCAGAAACUACCAUUUGAAGCAAGUGAGUUUUCUGCCCAAUGGGCUUUUGCAGCUCCCUCCUCAAGGCAAGUCUACCUAUUUUGUCCAUUUUUAUUCUUGGGAACAUCAGUGGUACAUUUCUGAAGCAUUUGAUCUUUAGGAAAGUCAAUAAAAACCUCUCAGCUGAAUCUUAGUGAAUCUAUGGAGCCUGAGAGAGUUACACUCAAUUUUCAGCAGGAGAAAUUUUGUUGGACAAGCUCACACGUGGGAUGUUAAGAGGAAUUCCAUAAAGCACGUCUUCCAUCUCUGCUUCAUGUGUUUUGAGUAAGCCUUUGGUAGAAUUUGAUUCCCAGGUGUUGACUCUCAGUGCUUCCUGCACCAGUGUGGUUCACUGCCCUUCAGGAAAAAGAACCACAACACAACCAGAAUGGUAUCGAUUGACCCUCUGUAUUUUCUGUUUUUCAGUGUGGUGGUUUGAAGAAUUGAGGUGGGAAAAUGGUAGAUGAGAUUUCUAAAGUGAAGGAAAGAAUCAGUUCUGGAACUGGAGUUCUUUGCUUCAGGCAUAAGCAUCUGUCCUGAACAUACAGAAACAGCUGCUUCACGUGCAAAUAGAUCCAUACCCUUUUUACUGGCAAUGAGAGCUUCUGCUUUCCACACACCUAACCAGAGUCAUCCACGUGGGGAUUGGCACCACUGAAAGAGAGCCCCCAGGGCUUCCCAGCUGCUUCAGGGCACAGUGGUCACCAGGGCAAGAGCAGGUAGGCAGCGUGAAUCCCCACCCCAAAAAGAGGUGGGAGGAGAGAGUUGUCCGGACAUACCUUUUCUCUUCUGCCAUAGCCCAAAAACCCAAGGAAAUCUUUGAAGUGAUGUCUUUUUUUAAUUAAUUAAAGUGAAAGAAGAACUUUGCCCCACUAAGUUUUGCUUGUCAUUGUCUCUUACUACUCUUUCUUAUUCAUUCAAAUCUCUACUGCACUGCUGUUCACACACAUGUAUGUUUCUUACCUUAGUCUAACCCUUCUCAGCACCUGAAGUCAUUGUUUUUCUUUUUUUGUUUUUGUUUUUGUUUUUCUUUUUUUUUUUUUAUGGCACUAGUGAAUGAGAACCUAAAGUCUUAGAAAAUCUUAACUUGGAAAGGAGUCUCUAAAUGGCAUGGUUUGAUUAGUUUACUUUUUUCCCCCUAAAGACUUGAAUGAUUUUCUUCCCUAGUGCUAUAUAAUAGAUCUGUAAUAAGUGCAACCUUUGCUGCUACUCUUCUGGGUUUACAAGUUUUCUCCUUCCCUUAAGAAUAAUUUAUCUGUGCUUCUCUGAUGACUGUUAUUUCUAAUAAGUGCAGGAAGAGGUGAGCCUGAGAUUUCUUCUCUUACUCCCCUCCUCACCCUACGCCCGAAUUACUAACCUCUACAACUUUUGUAGGAUGGGGCUCAUCAGAAGCUACCUGUGCUUUCUCUCACCUCAUUGUAGCUCUUGGAGCUGGCCGCUGAGGCUCUGUGGCCGGCCAGUACUGACGGUUAUUUCUUAGUUUUGCCUUUCUCCAUUCCUGUUUCAUGACUCAGCCUUCAGAUGCCCCCCAUUCUGGAAGCCUCCUUUUUCCUCCCGGGAAUCAUUUCCGAAUAACCUGCCUGGGGCAUUUCUCAACUGUUCUCCCUGCCCUUUGCCCACCUUGCAGUGAUCCUGAGAGCACAGACCUGAGAAGCGGGGCCUGUGUGGUGCUCAGAAAUACUGUGAGGACUGUCCCCACCCGCCAGACUGCUUGGGGACAAAGAUAGAUGGGUAAAUGGUGCUGUGGGAGAAGUUGUUGUCUUCAAGCCAGUCUCUUUCAUCCUCACACUGGCCCCCCUCUGAUCCCAGCCCUUGAGGGGGUAAAAUGCAGAGGAAGGUUGACUGGCAGUGUCCGAUCCCAAACAUUGUUGUCUGGCCUAAGCCUUCCCCAGCCUUUUGGCCCACCCUGGAGUGCUUCAGAGUGUGGGAGCUGCUGCUUCCUGUUUCUCCACCAACGCUUGCAGUCCCUGGGACCAACACAGUUCCCUACAUGGUGACUUAACACCGGAUUCCAUUAGCUGUCCAAGUGACUGUUUCCACCCAAUACUUUUGGCACCUGAGAUUGGGGGGAGGGAGCGUUACUCGAAAUAAAAUCCAAGGUGGCAGUAGAGGAUUCCUUUUGCUUUAAAAUCUUUGGACUAAAAAGAAAUGUUUUUAUAUAUAAAUAUAUAAAUUGU